AUGACCCUUUGCUGGGAUGAACCCUUCCCCUGCCCCAUCUCAAAAAGGGCAUGGACUUCAGAAGACAGGCAGCAGAGCAACAGGAUUGGUGGAAGCGAGAACUUCAUUCAACCUCCUAACCCGGCUGCACCUUUUGGUGCACCGACGUUUGCUCCCACCUGGUAUCCAAUAGGAAGCCCGUCUGGAAAGCCUACCACAUCUGCAACAUUGAGCAGAGACAAGCAGAAGUCCAGGCUCCACUUCCUCAACGAGAUGGUGGAGACGAAUGCCCUGAUGGUGGCCAUCCUGUCUGUCAUCCACCCCGAGCAGUUCCAGAUAGGCGUGAUCAACAACCGAGUGAGCCCGUUGCAUACAGACCCCGGUGCACCAUACCCUGCCUUCAAUGUCAUUGCUUCAAUCGGCAAUUACACCAGUGGCCACAUCAUUUUUCCCACUCUGCUGGUCGACUUCCAGCAACUGCCUGGCAGUGUGCUGGCAUUUUGCGUGCAUAUGCUCCCACACUUGGUUGAGAAGUUCAUAGGGGACUGCAUUUCCUUUGCCUGGUUCAUGAAGGACUGA